UAUUAGUAAUAAUUUUUACGCGGUAUGAACAUGUUUUCAAUUGUCAUCUGCCUGACGCAGUUAUUUGCGUUGGGUGUCAGCAAACCCGUGGCAUUCAAAGGGCACCUCAAUUUCACUGAAUUGGUGGAGCAAUAUGGGUACACACCGGAAUCCCAUGUUGUAACAACUGAAGACGGGUACAACAUACGUUUGGAUAGGAUAUCAGGGGCUCCUACAUCACCUGAAGCCCCAGGAAAACCUGUGGUUUAUCUACUUCAUGGGCUCGGUGUAGCUUCUGAGGCUUGGAUACUCUGGACUCCCAAUAACAGUCUUGCUUUCCUUCUUGCUGAUGCUGGAUAUGACGUGUGGUUGGGUAACAUCAGAGGGACCACCCACGGUCGUUCCCAUCAGUCUUUGGAUCCUGAUAAAGAUAGAGAGUUUUGGAAUUUCGACCUCACAACAAUUUCCACAAUGGACCUGCCAGCACAGGUGGAUUUCAUAUUGGAAAAAACCGGAGAAUCAAAGCUGACGAUAAUUGGCCACUCGAUGGGCACAACUUUGAGUUACAUAUUUCUAUCAGAAAAACCAACUUACAACAAUAAAGUUAAUUUGGUGGUGAGUCUGGCUCCCAUUGCCUACUGGCAUCCCAAAACUCUGGGGAUUAUUAGAAUAUUCAUGAAUGCUGCUUUUGAAACUGCAAAACUUUUAGUUGCUGGACCUGAUAUAAAUGCAGAAGUCAUGCCACACGGUCCUCACGUCGUGAAAUUCGCUGACGACUACUGCAAUCCUAAUAUCAGCGAUAUAUGUUUAAAAUUCGCUAAUAUUUUUAUGCAGAAAACGACAAGUCCACUGUCUUUCGAGGAACUAAGGCACUUGAUGGAAUACGCACCGGCGGGUUCGUCUUUACGACUCCAUCACCAUUAUCUCCAGAAUAUUAAUUCGGGUAAUUUCCAAAAAUACGAUUAUGAAUCAACUGCUGCUAAUAUUGAGCAUUACGGUCAGGAGACGCCGUCGAAAUAUAAUUUGAGCAACAUUGAUACGCCUGUUGUCCUUAUCUACAUAAAAAACGACUUCUUCUCUCCGGAGAUUAGUACGCGGAUUUUAGAGAAGCAUCUACCGAAUAUAGUCGUCUCCGAAGCCGUUCCUGAUAAGGCUUUUGUUCAUGCUGAUUUCAUUUUUCAUAAAAAUGUGAAAGCAGUCAUUUACGAUAGAGUCAUUAAACUCAUUGGGGAGAUCCUGAAAAUUGAGAGGAAAUUGUGAAGAGUUAUUAUAACAGCCACUUACGAGUGAGGGAUGAAUUUGUGGUAAUUCUCGAUAAGUCCCCGGAAAUUAGAACUUUUUACUAUGUUUAUAAAAGGACAUAGAAAAUACUUAGAAUCAACAUUGAAUUAUAAUAUUUUUCUCUGCUCGGAAAUCCGUGAGGUGUUUCAGUUAUCGACAGCAGAUCAUUCAAGAAUGAAGAAAUACAUAAUAAAAAAAAUUGCGUACAAAA